AUGGCUUGGCCGUGCAUCAGCAGAGUGUGCUGCCUGGCUCGCUUCUGGAACCAGUUCGACAAAUCGGACCUCUCCGUCCCGCUCACCAUCCAGAACUACUCGGACAUCGGCGAGCAGGAGGUGCGGUCCGUAACCAAACAGGUCUCCGCGUCGGAGCGCGCACCCGGGAAUAACUACUCGACCCCGGAACUGCGUGCCGCCGGCGCCACUCAUGCGCCAAAAGAUGGCCCGGGGACCCGAGGAUCUUUCAGGGCACGGAAGGAUGGCAGUUACAAGCCCCGGGAGGACUACCACCCGCCCGGAGUGCCUUUCAACAGUGUUACCCAGUACAAGCAGGAUUUCAAACCCUGGCCCAUUCCCAGGAAGGAAAACUUCCCUUGGAUUAGUUACGGGGGCAGCAGGGCAGACAGUAUUUCGGACAGCCCGGUGAACGGUUACCACAGCCAGGCGACACCGGGGGAGAGAGAGGAGCGGGGCAGGGGGCUGGGGUGCGGGGAGCAGCAUCGGAUGGAGGAGAGCAAAACCAGCUCCUACAGGCAAGAGUACAGGCCGUGGACAGGGGUGAGACCAGCCAAAAGUGCGAGGAAAAAUCCUCCAGCUCAAUACUCAAGCCCAGGGACAGAGGCCACCCAGGUCCCGCGGGAGACUAGCUACCAGGCUGCCUACAGCGGGGAGCUCCACAGGUCCAUUGGGCUGCAUCAGGGGGAGCACAAUAUCGCAUCUGCUGCCUCCAACAUACAACCUGCUGCUGUCCCCCAGCCCAUCCCCACUGCCAUGCAAGCUGGCAGCUCACCCAUCCCCUCCAGCAUCCAGCAGAGCGUCCCGCUUCAGAGGGCCGAGCUCAGUACAACAACCAUGGGAGAGAUUUGUGCUCUCAGACAUAAUGAGACAGAAAGACGGGCACACAAAGAACCAGAUGUCUGAUUGAAGCACAACAACAACGCGAGUGGAUUUGCUCAGGAAGCUGAGGAGGCAUCAGUUCGGUCAGGUCGUUCCAGGUUAUCGUAGGAUAAACACAUCCCCCUUUCCUCUGUCCCCUCCCCCUGGGUGCUGUUACUCAAGUCAGCUGUUUUGCGUGACAGUGAGUGAGAACACUUUUUGGGAAUCUCCAGAGGUCAAGUGCCAUCCCCCUCCCCCACCCACACCCCUCGCUGCCAUCUGCCAGUGGAGAUCUGGGGCUGGGGCUGGCCAGGGUCAGGAUGGCUUGUCCGUUUGCACAUUGUGUUGCCAAAAAUCUCGCACUAAAACAUAUCUGGGAAGGUUAGAAAAAGCUCUAUUUGCAGCGUUGUAGCUAUACCGUGAGGACUAAGGUCCUUGGUAUUUGGGGGUUUAAGGAACCUGGGGGAAGUUUACAGUCUACUUUAGUGGAUAUUUUAUAGGCAGAUUUCAGUAUUUUGUUCACAAAAUAUUCUAAUUUGACUACUUUUCGGCUAAUAAAUAAAUAAAGAAAUAUAUAAUCCUUAUUUCCCGUCUAUAAUUGUAUUCUGGCAACAUGCAGAAUUAAUUGGCAGUUAAAACCAUGCAUCUCCAAAUUUUACUGAGCGUUUUUCUACGGGAUGAGCAAAUUGUUCUACUUUUCUGCAAAAAAACACUAAAACAUUUAAAAACCUCACUGAAUUAUCUGAAAAAAAACAUGGCAGUUUUUCUUUGCUCAUGACAUUUUGGAGAUACGUGGUUUUAUAUAGGACAGAGACAUUCAUGUUGGGGAAAAAAACAAACACGCUGCAGACUGAAUAAGUGAAAUUAUGAAAUGAACACAAUGUGAAAAUUCAAAUACUUACAAAGAAAAUUUGAGUUUAAUUAUGGGUGCAUUACUUGGACUUAUGACCUCAGUAUUUCAAAAAUCUCUGCGUGUUUGCCCUCAGUCCUGCAACUUCAGAGGUCUAGAGAAAAAUGUAUCAGAGAAAAACAAGUGGUUAUUUGCAUAAUCUUUUAGAAUAAUGACUGCUCUAUAAAGCUCUUAUGUCUAUCAAUAUCCUGUGUGAUGGUGAUGGAGGUCAAAGUGAGGGAUGUCAAUGGCGGGACACAAACUCUAUUAAUAAAACUGGCCCAGUUGGAGUGAGAG